AUGUCAACUCCUGCACAAAAAGCCAACCUUGCUCGCAUCCGAGACAACCAGAGAAGAUCUCGUGCUCGGAGAAGGGAAUACAUCGCGGAGCUUGAGCAGCGCCUAAGAGCUUAUGAGCUGUCUGGUGUCGAGGCAAGUUCCGAGGUGCAGCUCGCAGCUCGGCGAGUGGCUGAAGAGAACAGACAACUACGAGAACUGCUUCACAAACACGGCUUCCAAGACGAUUACAUUUCUUCCUUCCUCCUACAGCAGGCCGGAGCCUCUUCCUCGACAGACCCGGUUCAGGCACUUCAACAAAUCAUUGCCCCUCGAAGGCCCGUGUCUCUGGACUCCAGCGUGCCUUUUCCCCUGCCCAGCCAGGUGACCAGGGAAAUGCCAUCAGCAAGCUUAUCAUCAGUCAGCGCCGCCCCAUGGGAUCCUCAGCAGGUUGCCAUGCAAUCAUUCGGACAUCCUCACGUCGCUCCACAGCAGGUUGUGCCGCAGGGGCCGCAUACUUACACUUCGCCAGUCUUCACCGAAGGGCCUGCGGCUUCCCUAAGGUCAUCUUCCUUCCAACACAUGAACCCUUCAAGUUCACUGCUCGAAGACGUCUCUCAACACGGCGGAACCACUCAAGCAGCAGUCGGAGAAAAUCCCGCAGCGCUGAAUUACAUUCCCAUGAAUCCGUACCAUACCCCUACAAGUCGUGAUUUUCCUCAGCAGCCUCAGCCUCCUCCGCCUCCUCCCGGGGGCGGCUACUAUUGA